UUAAUUUUUCGAAUGACGAAUGAGCGUUAUAUAUGUAUAUGUCCCAAUCGGUAAUACAAUCUCAUUGAGGAUAUCAACAAUCACCUAAAUGGAGUCGAUCGUUUUCACUUUGUGUGUGUUACUGACCAGUGCUGCUGCUCUGCCAUCUGAACUUGAGACAAAUGAUUUAAAAACGGGCAGAAAUCUUGACGAGACUGUUCGCCUGAUGCUUGAAGGUGUUAUUCAUCAGGCGAAAUCUUUUGAUCCUUACUCAGCGGAAUCAGCUUUGGGUGAAUUUAUCUUUCCAGUACCUGGAGUCUUCUCAGCUGUUGGUUCUGUUGAGAACUUUCUGUUAUCCGGUUUUAGUGACAUUGAAAUCGUAGAUAUUGGUUUCGUGGUUACCACAUUAAAUGUUGAAGUACGCCUUAUUGGAUUUGUGGCUUCUAUAGAUAAUGCUGUUGCGGAUGUUAGCAUCUUUAACCGUAAUCUUAAGGGUCAAUUGAGUGGAAGUGUGGCUGUCAACGAUAUUCGUAUAAACCUUGAAGCGGAUCUCGCCAAUUUGGCCGAGCAUUUGAUAUUUUCAUUCAGUAUUGGAGACAUUCAAUCGGAACUUAACAUUGAAGUCAACGACCGCGACCUCUCCGACGUCGUGAAUAACUGGUUUAGAAUAACCCUGCCAAUAACUCUAGAGAAAUACGAAGUACAACUGAGCAGAAUCAUAGCCCGACAACUUAAGCCUAUUAUAGAACGUAUUUUCUAAGAAACCGGUAUAUAGUAAUAAAACUUUCAAAUUGC